UGACAUGAUAAAGUAAAUGGAAAGUCAUAUUCCAAUGAACACUCACUCCCUUUAAUUCCCCUUGCUUUUAUUUCCUUUUCUUCCUCUCUCCCUCCUUCUGCGUUUUAGUUGGUUAUUAUGACCUCUUCAGACAAUACACUCGAAAGUAUCCCUGCUGAUCAGCAAGGAAGUUUUUCCUCAUUCUUGAAAACAUUAGCCUCAUUCACUGGUGAUCUCUCUAGCUUGACUUGCCCUUCAUUUUUAUUGGCACCUAUUUCGCUACUUGAGUAUUCCUCAUUCUGGGCAGAUCAGCCAGGACUUUUAUGUAAUGUUAGUAAACCAGAUAACGCGGAAGAGAGAUUCUAUGCAGCUGUUAAAUGGUUCAUCUCCUCUUUAAAUGGCUCUUUUUCAAGUCGUGUUCCUAAGGGCGAAUGGGAAAAGAAACCAUUCAACCCUAUUCUUGGGGAACAAUUCCAUUGUCAGUGGGAAGACAAAACUCGAAUCGUAUGUGAACAAGUAUCGCAUCAUCCUCCUGUAUCUGGCUUCUAUAUCGAAAAUAAAGAAGCGGGUGUGAUUGUAAACGGCCAUGACGGCCAAAAGACUCGCUUUUCAGGCACACAAAUGUUAGUGGAUCAAAUUGGUUACUGCACUCUCCAAUUGACGGAGCGCAACGAAACAUAUUUGUUCACUUUGCCUUCCGUUUCUGUGAAUGGUAUCUGGUAUGCUGCACCUUAUGUUGAGUUAUACGGCACUUCCUUCAUUCACUCCACCACUGGAUACUUUGCAACGAUUGAAUAUACCACGAAAGGUUGGAUUUCCGGAGAAAUUCAUCAUUUCAAAGCCUCUAUCACUCACGACACGCUUCUCUCCACCCCUACUAUCAUUGAGGGUCAGUGGACGGGUAAAUCGACCAUCUCAAAGAAUAAGAAUAAAGCAGAACCCUUCCUCGAUUUGACAAAGCUCGAAAAGCCAAUGCCUUCCGUCAAACCUGUGGAAGAGCAACAUGAAUUAGAAUCACGUCGUGUUUGGAAAAAGGUCUCGGAAGCUCUCAAAUCAGGAGAUUAUGCCACAGCUUCCACAGAGAAAACAUGGAUCGAAAAUCAACAACGUGCUCUUCGCAAAGAACGCGAGACAAAAGAUGAGAAAUGGACACCUGCUCAUUUCGCUUCUGUCGAAGGUGAAGAGUUGUAUGACAAUUUACGUGAACAGAUCAAAGCAAAGGCUGGUUCGAAAUUUGUAGAUACCAUGGGAAUGGGUGGAUGGAAAUUCAAAUCAUCAGCUUAAACGAAUGCCAUGCAAUCUAUCUCAUAGCGGCGUAGAAUCUUAUAUAAAUAUUAUCCAUUACUGAACACGCGAAAGAAAGCAUCCUACACAGUUUAGUCAAUGGGUGUUCUUUUGCACUAAUUUCAAAAUCUAUAUAAUACUCUACAAACGGCUCUAUGUCGUCCUACAAAGAUAUUAUUUUUAUACUCCUAUAAAUGCUUUUUCGUUUUCAAAUAGGAUAAUGUAUCCAUUACUGGAGAAAUAGAUUCUAUUCAUAAGUAAGAGUGCCUCUUUUUUUUUCACUUUGUAGGAUGCGGGAAAUAUCAGAAAUGGAAUCAUCUACUGUUUAACAAGGGCUAAAUUCUUGAAACUGCGUAAAAUACGAUC